GCGUGAGCCGCCUUGAGAAGAGACACCUCAGAUCAUAGACGAGAAAUAUUGUCAUUGUUAUUAAAACAGGUCCGAGGCCAUUGCGUUUGAGCUUUAAUAAGUAAGUUCUGUUUAUGUCCUGACUCGUCUUGUUUUGAACGCGGCGCCAGAAAUGUCAUGUUUUAGUGGCGAUCUCAACUUUUGCCCGGAAUGUGGGAAUAUCCUUCCAGUGCCUGGGAGAGAAAAUACUAUUACCUGCCCGCGGUGCUCUUUCAAAAUCCCUGUCCGAGAAUUCACAGGUCAAGUUAUUAAGUCCUCGGUGGUGUUUAAUCCUCUGGAUCAGAGCUCCAGCGCUGUUGACAGUGAAGAGGAUGCUGAGCUGAAGGGGCCAGUGAUCGACAGGAGAUGCUCCCGCUGUAACAAAGAAGGAAUGGUUUAUCACACAAGACAGAUGAGGUCUGCAGAUGAAGGACAGACGGUCUUCUUCACGUGCAUACACUGCAGGUUUCAAGAAAAGGAAGAUUCAUGAGAGACUUUGCUGCUGCUGCUGUGGUCAUUCACAUUUAUUGGUUAUCGGAAUUUAACUAGUGUGAAAUAUAAAAAAUGCUUUGUACAUGUCUUCAAUGUUAGUAAAAAUAAAAGAAAAGAAAAA